UUAAACCCACUAUUAGAAAUAAUCUUAUCGAAAGCUGAAUACAUUUUAACAUUUAAAGCAAAAUGGUUUGUUCCACGAAUGGUACACAUUUCGAUGUAGAUGGGGCUGAUUAGUAUUUGUUACUGAUGGGAUUAACUUGAUGUCUUGGAUCUAACAGUGGUCGUGGUUUAGUGUGGCUUUUUCCAUUGAUAUUCCGAACCGGAUAAAAUGGGUCAAGGGCAGACCAAGGCAUCAAAACGUCGGGAGACAAAUGGGGAGCAAGGGCCGUCCCCUAAAAAAGAAGCUAAGAAGUCUCCACGGAAAUCAAGGUCACCCACAAAACAAGCGGCGGGGAAUGGGGAGGGUCGUAUGGAUAUAGAGGAACAAGAAGGAUCACUGACACAGGGUGGGAAACAGAGAACCCCGCCCAAAAAUGGUGUAAAUGGCGGGGAUCAGUAUGAUUCAACGAGCCCGAAAAGUGAACGUGAUAGUAAAAGGUAUUUAGAAUCUCCUCCGAAACCUAAGCGGACUUACGAAGUGGAAUUUAUUGAACCAGAAAAAGAAAAUGUGCCUACAAGUGAACUGGAUAUGUUAAAUGUCUCAGAAAUUCACAAAAUGGAUACUAGUCAGACAAUUGAAAAUGUAAAUGGACUGGACAGUCAGAUAUUGACGCCUGUGAAAUCGAGUGAUUUAAACCGACCCGCUCCCGUCACAUCCACACCUGCUCCAAAUGGAAUAUUAAGCACAGGCCGGGGUCGACAUUCUAGCGGAGUUACAUACAGUGAUGAUGACCACACGGAUGUCAGUGACGAUGAAGCUUAUGCUUUUGAACUACAAUUACGAUCUUCUAGUCCCACAGCCUCAAACAUUUCCCUGAAAUCAUUCUCUACUAUCAAUAGCUCAUCGUUGCGUACAAAGUCGGAUUCUUCGUAUGAAAAACGUACAGAAAUGAACUUUGGGAAGUUUUACAACCAAAGCUACUUAAAAACAGGCUCCCAAAAGUAUGUGCACAGGGGCAGGACUCUGUCAGAACCCAAGGGGAAGAACAAUGUCAACCAGUUUAUACGACCAGCAAACUUUUCUUAUUCAAAAGAGCCUCCGAAGUUUCUCAAGACGGCAAAAAAAGGGGGUAUGCAGACCUUAGCACAGGGUAAAACUGUCACGAAGACCCGCAGGAGUUCAUCCCCGGGUCCCCAGGGCACGCCCCCACCUGGGACCAAAACAGGAAUACGACAGAACCUGGAGGCUGUAAGGAUGAGCACGUUCCCUGGGGGGAAACCUCCACCCCCUCGUGAGAUCGCAAAGAUAGAACGGGAUGACUGGCCAGCACCCCCAUCGCCGGCAGCCAUACUGCCAGAAAUAUUGAGACAGAGAAGGAAGAGUCGUGGUGAGGAGGACGAGGAGGAAGAGGAGGGAGUUUUCGAGGACCCGAAAAUCAAGCGGGAAAUAGAGGAGCUCAAGAAGUUUAAGGACGAGUCUGGGAUAGGCAAGGUGAUCUAUAAUGAGCUAGAGGUUGCCAAGUCCUUGCCUUCCAAGCCCCUCGAUCCUUGGAAGUCGUCACGGGUUCCCAACGCUAAAUACGAGCCCAAAUACCAGACUAGAUAUCAGUCCCCGAUGUUUGCUUCGCCCUCUCGAUUUAUUGACCGCAGCAGACGUUCAUGGGAUGACAUUGACAUUCGAGGCUACAGAACAAUAUCAGUUGUUGGCAACUUCCCAGCUCCUAAACCUGGAUAUGGCCUGGACCCAAGGGCAGCAACUCUGCCAGUAUCUGGCAUCUAUGGAGGACCACUAGAUCUAGAUUUUAAGAUCUAUGACCUGAAUCUACCACCGGGCCGCGACCAUCGUCUCUCAACUUCCUCUAUUAACACUGAAACUAGCAAAGUAACGAGCACGAUAUUUGACCAACCAGGAGUGUCCCUGAUGACGUUCCAGAAGAGCUCCUGGCAUACAGACACUAAACCACCCGAGUACCAGUAUGAGAGAUUGAAGAUCUCCAACUUUGACCUUCCCAGGGACGUGGACAGGAAUAUGCUUGAGAUCCACCUACCUGAUGGUGAGUUCAGUGACAUAUUUGGUAUGGAGCGGGAAGAGUUCAGACAUUUACCGGAGUGGAAAAGGAACGAUAUGAAACGGAAAAAGGACCUUUACUGAUCUUUACUGAUGGCUCGUCGAUAGGAAUAUGUUUUAAGACAAAAAUGUGUUCAGAUUUAUUUUUAUAGCAUCUAUAUAUUAUGUUCGUGAAACAUUCAAUUUCGAACCUUCCCGCUGUAUAGAGCAUUAAAUGUGUACAAAGAAGGCAUGUAUGUCCUGCUACAUGAGGGAUGAUAAUGCUGUAUACUCUGGUUUUGUGUCAGAAGGAACUAAUAGGUGCAAGCAAAAACUAAACGAGAAAAUAACUGGUGCAUCAUGGGAUAUACAGUAUAUCUGUCAUAAUGGGAACUGAAUGUGGGAGAAUUGGGAACAGAUAGAGAACCAUAGAUGACUAUACAGACGAGAAGUGGUGUAUGGGUGUAUACAGACAACAGUUAAAGAAAAUAGAAAAGUGUAUCCAUGAGUCAAACUCUUACAUUGCUACUGGGCUUGUAGAAUUAUUACACGCCCGGCUAUGUAAGGUAUUUGAAUAUUAAAGAAGACCAGCAAACAUUUCAGCAGUGUAUGGCUUGUGGGAGUUUAGACCAUUGUGCGCAUUUACACUGAGUGCAUGUACGAUUCUAGACUUUCAAAGAGAAUGCAUAUGAUAAGUGGUGAUUGUUUUUCUUUAACUAUGCUGAACAAAGCUUACAUUUUGCAAUAGAUUUCGUCCUCAUUUUCGGUCAUUGAACACAAGAAAUCAUGGCAAACUUGUAGCAACUUUCCACUGAUUGAUUGCUUUACUUGUACAGCAAAAUGGGGUGUAAGGGGGCAUAAUAUAAUCAGGCUUUAAUGGUUUAUCUAGUAUUUCUUCUAUGCAUAAUUUAUAAAAGUUUGAACAAAGAUAUGGGUGGUAAAUUUUAUUUAUUUAUAUCAAUUUAACUUGUAUAUGUUCUUUGUAAUGGAAACAACCAGUGAAUUAAGAGAAUCAAAAUAUGUAUUUCUGACAAUCAGAGAUCAGUUGAAUACUAAGGAUAUUACAUAUGAAUUUUCUUAGUUAAACUAAAAUGCCAUUUUUAAAAAAAAUGGGGUUUCUGUCUUACACUGUUUGUGACAUUAUGUUAUGAUUAUCUGAGGAAGUAUUACCUCCAUAUAUAUUUAUUGAUGAACAUAAAAUAUUUGUCGAAGUUAACCCCUGUUUGCUAAUAAUGAACCAAAGAGUUGUUGUUUUGGUAUAAUAUUCACUUUGUGCGGCCUUCCACACUACUAUAGGAUACUACAUUGAUAUUUAAGAGAUGUCAGGGGGUGCACGGCUCAAUAUGAUCUAACACCGGAAUAAGUUGGGGGGUUUAAAGCUUUUCUGCCAGGUUAAGCAUUGUUUCAAGUCCUUGAAAUAGACUAAGUACCAACAAAGAGACCCCCAGCUUGUCUUCAAGGGCAUGCAUGUAUAAGAAAAAUAAUGAUAAAUUGUUACUUUUUUUCAAAGUCACGUCGAUUCUUCAAUAUCAAAUAUCAUAAAUGAGAAUCAUCCUACUGGUUGCUCUGUAGUAAAAACAUGUAACUUGCGUUUUAUUUCCCUUGAAACUAUGUGAAAUGGCAUGAUGGAUGUUGUGAAAUGUUAGAAACUACUGUUCAUGUACUUUUAAUUUAUUUUUAAAACUGUUUGCUUUUUCAUGUAUGAAGGCUUUAUAGAUACCAUAACAUGUGGUAUGAUCUGUGAAGAGGAUUUAUCAGUUAGAAUUACUUAUUUAUUUAUGAAAUUUUGUCGAAAUAGGGCUUCUUUUCCACAUGUUUUUUUUUUUAAAUUCAAGACAAAGAUGACUUGUUAUACGAAAAGUGAACCAUAAUUUCAAGAUUAGAGUGAAAUAAAUAAGCAAAUUGCUUGGAUACAUAUGGAAAUAUUAUCACCAAUUGAAUUUUUUGUUUACCAGAGACGCUAAGUGAUCUCAUUUAUUUACAUUUUGUUAGUGGCUUAUUACCAUAUCAAACAGCUAGUAUUAUCUUAUUAAUUGCUUAAAUUAAUGCAUUUAGAAAACAAUUAUGGUUAUUUAAUAUAUCACAGAAUACUGUACUAUAUCUCUAUAAUUCAACUUAAGUAAUUCUAAUGAAAAUGAUCCAACUAUGUGAAAGGAAAGGGCAAAUUGUUCAGAACAUUGCUAACAAAAUUGUACAUUGGGCUGAGAGCAAGACUGUUGUAACGCCAUAAAUCUCUGUACUAAGUUACAACUGUCUUGCACUAAGCCUGUCUUAUGCCAUCAUUGUUAGCUAUCAGAUCUAUUAUGGAAGCUGAUAGACACACUCAUGAUCUGCAAGCUUUCUUAUGGUGUUUGAGAUAACUGGUGCAGCUGCACUUGAUUUAUUUAUGAGCACAUCAUAAAAUAUUUCACCUUUAAAAGUUGAGAAAGAUACCAAUGACAUUGUUGUCAACUGCAGCUAAGCUCUAUACAAUCCCUUCCAUUGAGUUCUGUAAAGGUAACAAAAUAAAGAGUUGUUCACUAUUUUAUAAAAACAGAACCAACAACAACAGCAAUUAAAUUUACAUCUGCUUUUAAAAAAACAAACAUUUUCAAACAGAUAUAUUUACCAAAUGCUUCAAUUUUUAUUUUAGGGUUGUGACCAGAACUACUUUUUUAAAUCAACUGUUGUGACAUUUUAUAUAAAAGUAUCAUUAUUUGGUUGUGUUUUCAUUUUAACAGUGUGCUUGUCAUACGUCUUGAAUAUACAAGAUGUUUUACUGUUUUACAUUUUGUUUUUAUUAUUUUUAUUGGGUGCCAUUGUAUGUCAAAUUAACUUAUAUUAUAAGAAAAAAGAUGCUUUAAACGGUCAACAUAUCACUUUUGAAUAUUUGAAUACUGGGUAAUGGUGUACAUGUAGAUAGCUGAAGAUAUGUUUUAGUCAAAAUGAUUAAUUUGGUAUUACAGUAUAUUGAUCUUAUAUAAUUUCUUGAUCUUUUACUCUCCAAGUGUCUAUGAACCCAUUUAGGAUGAUAGUUUCAUGAACAAAAUAUAACUAGGCUGUUUUAAGCUUGUAAGUUUGAAGAAAUUAGUUGGGGUAUUGUAACACAUUUUAAAGAUAUUCAUCUGAAACUUGGUACACAUAUUGCUAGACACAAUACACACAGAUACAGAAAUAUCUACGACUCUGGUUUUAAUAAUUGAUAAGUUUCGCUCCUUGGUUGCUCUUGUAAGGUUAUUUUAUAGUCAUUGUAGGAAAUUUUGCUAAUAGGAAAAAAUAUCCUUUAAUCAGAAUGGUUAUUCAGUAAAUUGUUCCAUUAUGUCAAGUAAUAUUUAAUCUUUGGGAUUCUUUUUUAGGGUAAUUUAUACAGAAGUGCAAUUUUUAUGUAACUGUUUUGUUAUUGUGUAAUUAAUCAGUCAGCCAAUAAAAGUGCUUAUACCACAUACACAUGUAGUACAUGUAGUUGAUGUAUGAAUUGCUUAUCUUGGUCAGUAAUUAACUGCCAAAUAUACAGGUAAACAUAUACAUUAAGUGCACCACACACUAUGUAGAUUACUAAAGCAGAUAUUGCACAGAUAGUAUCCAGUUUACUAAACUAACCAUUAUUUCAAGAAUGACUUUAGGUGUUCAAUGUGCACAUAAGCUUGUCAAUGUAUUGAGCCAAUAUUGACAAAGUUAAAUAAGGAUGUCUGGUGACCCCAUACCAUUUAGGUAUCAUCUAUACGGGGAUUAUAAAAAAUAAAUGACCCAAAUUACAUUUCAGAUGGCAGUUAGUGAUUUUGUUCUUGACUUGGACUGAAAUUGGACAUGAAAUGACCUAUUUUGCAAUGUACAGAUCAAAAAUGCGUAUUUUCAAUAUAAGUUGCGAUAUAUAUAUUUUUUGACAUAUUCUUUCUCGCCACAUCAAUCCCUUUGAAAUGACACCCACAUAAGAUGGGAUCACCACACAUCCAAAAAAGGCAUUAUUGUACAUAGAAUAUAACCUGAAUAGUGAACUUUUAUUCUAUUUCUACUGAUAAAAUAAACAUUGUUAAAAUUCUUUUUUUUUGUUAAAUUCUUUUUUUUUGUUAGAAAUUGUUUUCUUUAAAUGUUUUGUUAUGAACUUUCUGUAAAACUUUUUCUAGCUGUUUUAGUAUAUUUUACAACAUGUGCAAUACUUAACUAACACAUAACAGCCUAAAGUAAUGGCCAAUAAUUUGUGUUCUAAACAGCUUAACAGCCAACACUAUUCAACAACUUAUUGGCAUCAGAACUUGCCGUCUUUGAUUCUGUCUCAAUUUGUUAAUAAAAUCUCCCCUGAGCUGGGAGUUUACAUGUAUUCUAACUUGUGAAAAUGUUUGUGUACUAUUUCAGGUUUGCCAUGUUAUUUAUGUUCACCGUGCAUGCGGCAUUUGAUAUGUCAAUAAAAUGUUGCUUCCA